AUGGCCGAAGGGAUGGACACUAAAGCCGUACGAAUGGACACAAUAUAUAGUCUGCGAGUGAAUCAGAUUGACUCGAAAUCGUUGGACUCGGAGUUGAAUGCAAUGUUUGAGACCAAAGUGAAUGACUUAGAGUCGGAUGCGUUGAGAGGAUUGAGUCCAGAAGUAAUGGCAUUCAUAAAGGCAUACAUUUGGAUGAAUACAGUGCACAGAAAGGGCUCAUCCAUUGGACAGUCAUUACUUGAACUGCAAUAUUACGAUUUGAGUGACAAUACAAUUGUCGGUCAUUUGAAUGCAUACCAGAAGUCAGCGAUGGUUUGCACGCAAAUAGUGUUUCCAUGGCUUCAACAACGAGUCAAUAGCCAUCGUAUCGGACAUUACAUACAUAUAAUCGACAAUUUGUACAAAACAUGUGAUUUGAUAAACGGAUUGAUAUUUUUAUAUAAUGGCAAAUACAGGACGUGUUGGGAAGCCGUGAUGAGAAUGGGAACCGGUGUUCAGUCCGAUCACCACAACUGGUCCCACAAUGAGCUGUAUUUAGAGAUUAUGAAUCGGGAGCUGUUAUGGCAUACAUUCGCGCAGUUGUUGUCAUUUGUAUUGCCGUUAAUAAACUGGUAUCGAUUGAAGAACUCAUGUGUUAACACUUUUCGUAGUCUUAUCUCGUCUUCGCGUCCGACCAUUGAAUCCAAUAUCGGGUUAAGAGUUAGCAAUGAUCUCAACAAUUGUGUCAUUUGUAACGAGUGGCCAAUCAAUGGUCAUGAGAUCGGUUGCCGACACGUCUUCUGCUACUACUGUCUUAUGUCUAACUUUAUGUCGGAUCCGAUCAAUGGCUUCACAUUGAAGACCAGUUCGGGUGAAGAGUGGUUGAAGAGCCCAAUGCUGUCCACUGCCGCCGAUUGCAUACAAUCGCCGUUCUGUCGACUCCUGGACUAA